GUGGCGAUUUCUGCAUGAGCAGCAGCCCGUCGUUGGCGGAGGACGGCCACCACGGCCCUUCCCACUUUGACCUUUGCACCCAGGCCAACAAGUUCUACCCCCCCCCGCCCCCGUCCGCUCUCCAGAUGACACUGGCCCCCAUGGCCCUGCCCGCCCAGGGACACAAGCCCAUGGCGUGCCAGAGACAGGAGGCGCUCGCCGGCUCGCCGGGUAAGAUCCCCGACAUCAAAGGCGGCGCCGACCCGCCGAUGGACGUCGGGAAGAAGAAGAGCGGCAAGGGGGGGGGCAAGUCGGGGCGGCGCGGGAGGCCCCUGGGCACCACCAAGCUGGCCGGGUACAGGACCAGCACGGGCCGGCCCCUCGGCACCACCAGGGCGGCGGGGUUCAAGACCAGCCCGGGGAGGCCGCUGGGGACCACCAGGGCGGCGGGGUACAAGGUGAGCCCGGGGCGCCCCCCAGGGAGCAUCAAGGGCCUCGCUCGCCUCAACAAACUGGCCUACGGGGGCGGCGCCUGCAGCGGGGCGGCCUUCCCCUACCCGCUGCCCCACAAGGAAAUCCUCCUCGAACCCUCCUGCAAAGAGAAGACGGCCCCCGAGUGAAGCCUCUGCAUGCUUGCGGGGGGCCGGGGGGGCCGGGGGGGGGCUUGUGAUCCUUCCCAGUCCGCUCUGAGGAGUUUUCUAUUAUUCGUGUUGGUGUCAUCUGUGUGCCUGCCACCAAAUAUAAUGUAACACUAGUUUCAUCACACCCGCCCAGAUGUUCGUGGAGGGGGGGCUUUUUAUCUCGGUCUUUACACCGUGCUACAUGUAGCAGCACCGCUAACGCGCAGGUUCACCGUCGCUCUUUGAACGCCACAUGGAGGGACUUCUUAUGCGUCACAUUUGUAAAAAAAAAAAAAAAAAAAAGUGGAGGCACGUUCACUCUGGAUGCAAACAGCCGGGGGGGGGCAAGUGCCUUGCUCAGUGGCACGUCAUCGGUAGACCUACAGGACCCGUUCACUCACACGGGGCAAAAACACCUACUUGCAAACAACUGUUGAGAGGAGCAACAAGUCCCAGCUGGUGUUUGUUUACUGAACGUUUAUGUACAAACACAGAGUCCAGCUGCAACGUGUUUGUGACCUUCGACCUUUUACUGAAUGUACAAUUCUGCCUCGCAGAGCAAGAAGAAGAUUCGGUCUUAAAUUAGCAAAAGUUAGUGAUCAGAAUUCAUCAGUAACACACGAUCUGUGUCUGUGGCAUUAUGGGAACAAUACAAAGUACACAUAUAUAUGUGUACUUCUGUGUGUGUGUGUAUAUAUACACACACAUACUUCCCUCUCUACACUGUGUGCACAAUUAUUAGGCAGGUUGUAUUUUUGAGGAUUAUCUUUAUGCUUGAAGAACUACAGUGCUCUUGGUCGAUCCAAAAUAACAAUAAACCCCAAACCUGAAUAUUUAGGAGAGUAAAAGUGAGGUUUUGGCGAAUAUCUCUGUGUAGAUUUCCUCUCUCACUCGUUUAAGUGAGAAUAAUAAACAUUCCUGACAUUUAAAAGCAGAACGUGACCUUUAGCCCUCCUUCCUUUCACUGACCUCCUGAUUCCUGAUGACGAUCAACGUUUGGUUCCUUCUGUCUCUCCUGCUUCAGAAGGCUCCACAAGUUGUCCACAGGGUUGAGGUCAGGUGAGGAAGGGGGCAGGUCAUCGUGUGUUCACCUUUAAGGCCUUUACUGGCCACGCGGUGCAGCAGUACAUCGGUGCAGGUGAUGGAGAAUAAAAUCAUGGUCUUCUGAAAACUGGCAGUAGGUUUAGGAGUUUAUUUUUAGUCCAUGUUCAACCCGAAAAGGUCCAACUAGCUCAUGUUUAAUAGUACCAGAACCCCGCCUCCACCUUGUGGAGCUCUGUUACUCUGGUCCUCGUCUCAUCCGUCCACAACACCUUUGGAAAAUCUGUCUUCAGAUUGUUCGUGUCUCGACGGUUCAUCUUGUGUGUCUUGUUCAGUGUUCCUCACCGUGUCUCUGGGCCCUGAACGCCUCACGCUUCCGGGCUCUCAGGUUCCGGUUCCUGGAAGUUUGAUUCUUCUCAAAUUCUGUUUCCAAUACUGCCUUGCCUAAUAAUUGUGUACAAUGUCCACUGAGUAUUCAUGGCCUUGUUUUCAGAGCGUGGAGCCGGUGUUUCUGUUUCUGGAGCCGGUGCUUCUGUUUCUGGAGCCGGUGCUUCUGUUUCUGGAGCCGGUGCUUCUGUUUCUAGAGCCGGUGCUUCUGUUUCUGGAGCCGGUGUUUCUGUUUCUGGAGCCGGUGCUUCUGUUUCUAGAGCCGGUGCUUCUGUUUCUAGAGCCGGUGUUUCUGUUUCUGGAGCCGGUGCUUCUGUUUCUGGAGCCGGUGCUCUUGUGAUGUUCUGUUGAUGGAUGUUUGUUGCACAAACUCCAGACAGGAUUUUAAAAAGGUCCCUAAUGUACUUUGUAUCAUUUUAAAUCUUCAAACUUUGCCCUGCGGAAGGUCCAGUUUCUUAUGUUUUUUUUCAUAAACGGCUCUUUGAAAGAAGGAAUCGGCGAGGAAAUAUGAACUUGUUAACUUCGGUGCAAUAAUCUGUUGUAUGUAUCGUGCUGUGUAAACUUUGAUACUAUCACUUUCUAUUAUCGUUGUAUUUUUAUACAGGUGUGCGAGGGCUUCUCUCACGUGUAGACCCCCCCUCCUUUACCAAAGAACACCACAUUAUCUCACCGAAUCCUCAAAUAUAUCCCAACUCCUCACUGAGUAAGCUGUUACUGAGGAAAAUGAGAAAAGCCCUGAAAGGCCACCGUCCCGCUCGGAUGUUCUGUCCUCUGAACCUGUACAAAGAAACAACAACUUUCUUGAACGCAGUGUAAAUUGCUACGUAAACUUAGCUAUCGUAUUUAUAUGUUCUCUUGCUCUGAAAGUAGUAAUCAUUUUAAAUGCAGUUCUAGUAGCCAUGUUUAAUACGUAACCAAUAUUUUAGUUUUACUGUGUUUUUGCUAGAAAUGCUUUCACUCGUUAUGUCUUUGGGCUUCUCUGGAGUACGAUCAGGUGGAGCCUCAGAAGCACCUAAAUGUUGACACCUGUCCCGCUUCUGACUCUAUCUGGCCCGCCCCCUUCUGGGAGGUUGGUCCCGCCCCCUUUUGGAGGUUGGCUGAAGCCUGUUUUGGGGGAUUUCCUGCAUUGUCUAUUCAAAAAAGCACCUUGUGUUUGAACAAACCUAAAAGAACGAUGGUUUAGCGAAGACUGCUAAAAACCAAGAUAAAUAAUUUAUAUAAAUUGUUCUGUGGGCAAAACAUGCCCAUUCGAGCGAAGGCUCUGUUCUAACAGUUUGAUCUCUGAUAAUACACAUUUUUAAAACUCCACAAGAACAUGUUUCAUCUUUUUAGGAGAAGUUAAUUGUUAACUGCCCAGACUUCACAAGUCUUUAAGCCUGCAGACGUCCCUUUGCUGCGGUUACACCCCCGCUGUGAGUGUGAAGCACCUGGCCUACAGGCCCUAGCUGAGGCGUAACCUCAGGGGACCCCGACGGUCCCUGUGCACCUGUUUUAAUGAAUUUUCCUGUUUUUAAAGAAUGUGUGUGCUGCAAAGUCUAGUUGGUUUUCUUUUUGUGAGGAGAGAAGGGAACAAGGGAUCAAGGGAGGACUUGGGAUGUGGAUUACUCUGACAUGGACUCGAGAUCAUGACUCGUUUAAUAGAGUUAUAUUGGUGCACACGAAGCGAUAUUUCCCUCUUUAUUUCUGUUUACUAUGAUCAUUGGCCAUUAGUCGUCAGUCGUGAUGAUUUAAAAAAACAUGACCUCACAUUUUGGGCGUUUCUGAAACGAGUUAUUCCUGAAGCUUCCUGUCGUUCCCAAGUUAUUCCUGCAUGCUCGUUGUGGAAUGUUCAAGAGUUGUGUAAUAAAUCGGAAAAUAACACACGAAA